AUGUCUGGCGCAGUGGGUCGCGAAGCUGUCUUUCCGACCCGCCAGACCCUCGGGUUGAUGAAGAGUAAGCUCAAGGGUGCUGAAACAGGCCACAGUUUGCUGAAGAGAAAGAGUGAAGCUUUAACCAAACGCUUUCGCGAGAUCACAAGACGAAUUGAUGAAGCAAAGAGGAAAAUGGGACGUGUUAUGCAGAUUGCAGCUUUCUCUCUAGCUGAAGUUACAUAUGCGGUUGGUGGAGAUAUUGGCUUUCAAAUCCAAGAGUCAGCGAAAUCAGCUCGCUUCCGCGUCCGAACGAAACAGGAGAACGUAUCCGGUGUCCUGCUUCCACAAUUUGAAAGUGUCAUUUCAGAGAAUACAAACGACUUUGGCUUGACCGGUCUAGGCAAGGGAGGACAGCAAGUACAGCGAUCACGAGAGACAUAUGCGCGGGCAGUAGAAACUCUUGUCGAGCUUGCUAGCUUGCAAACUGCGUUCGUGAUUUUGGACGAAGUGAUCAAAGUAGUAAACAGAAGAGUAAACGCUAUCGAGCACGUCAUCAUCCCUCGUACGGAGAACACCAUUAAAUACAUCAACUCGGAACUCGACGAACUUGAUCGAGAAGAGUUUUACCGACUUAAGAAAGUCUCAAAUAAGAAGCAAAGAGACACGGCUGCCCAAGAUGCAGAGAUCCUUGCAAAGCGCCAACAAGAAGCCGAGAAGUCGAAAGCUGAAGAGCCGAAGGGUGCUGCCGCUGUUACAGCAAAGGAAGAGCCAGAGACGACCGAUGUGCUUGGACAAGAAGACGAGGACGUCAUCUUUUAA